CGGAGAUUGCGCGUCCUCUGACAGUGCACGCGCAGGCGCUUGAAGUACUAAAUAACCCGUUUACACUCUAGCUUAGGGUUAAAAUUAGAGAAAGCGAACACACAUGACUCUUCUUUUGUGUUCCACUGAAAACAUAACAUCAAGAGCUCUUGGCUAAAUUUCAGUUUUUAGCUGAAUGGUUUCUUAUUUAAGGGCUUAUCAGUUAUGAUAUGCUCGAAUACUGAAUGCUGAAUGUUUAUGACAGAAUCUGAUGAACAGUGGAAACUACAGCCCAGUCGACGGCACUCAAGCGACCACAGUCAGAAGAUUGCACCCCGAGCCUGUGUGUCGACAGGAACUCUAGUUCUGCGGUGGUUUCUGCCCGGUCCCGGUUCAGUGCCGCACUGCUGCAGGCGCGCGCGUGGGGGAUUUAAAUGAAACACUAAUGCACAUUAUUGUGAUUUAUGGUUUUCGUUUAAUCAAAUGUGAAUGUAUUUAAGAUGGAAAGCGAUAUUCUCGACAUCCUGGAUCAGCUCGGGUACGAGGGGCCGCUGUCGGAGGAGGCGGGGCUUCUGGAUGCGUGUGGGCGGGGCUUCAACUCAUCUGAAUAUGUCAGUCUGGUGACGUGGCUCUCCUGCAGACUCUCACGCGUCACAGAUACACACACACAGGAGUCGCUCAUCACAGAGGACCCCCACAGGUGUGUGAGUGCUCUGCUGAAGGACUGCUGUUGUCCGUAUGAGGGACUGGCGUCACGGAUCAUGAACGGGGACAUCAGAGAGACGAGCGAUUGCCUGAAGAUCCUCUUGUUCGUGGCGUCGGAGCUGCAGGCGGCUGAGAUGGAGGCCUGUAAACACUCGAGUGUGUGUGUGAAGGACUCAGCGCUGCAGGAGCUCAGAGUCGUGUGUGAGACGCUUCAGCUGCCGGAUCCAGCCGGACCCCACGACCUCAGCGCCGUCCAGCAGCAGGUGACGGCUCUGCUGACGCAGCUUCCACACACACACCUCGGGGAACCUGCGUUCAAGAGCACGCUUCGUCCCGACCAAUGGGACGCGCUGGAGGAGAUCAACGGCGCGCUGGCGGCGGAGUACGAGUGUCGGCGGCGGAUGCUGAUCAAGCGGCUGGACGUGACGGUGCAGUCCUUCAGCUGGAGCGACAGAGCCAAGGUCCGGGUUGACAGGAUGGCGCGGGCGUAUCAGCCGAAGCGCUUCUGUCUGCCGCUGCAGCCGGCGGUGUGUGUGGCGCAUCUGCUCGCCGCUCGAGAGGACGUCUGCUACGUGAGGAAGACCAGCAGCGGCUCGAGCCGAGAAAACACCGCCUGCGCCGUCAACAGGAUCCUGAUGGGACGAGUUCCUGAUCGCGGGGGACGGCCGUCGGAGAUCCAGGCGCCUCUGCCGGAGAUGCCCAUGUGGAGGAAGAGAACUGAUGGAGGAGGAAGAGGAGGAGGAGGAAGAGGAGGAGGAGGAGGAGGGCGAUGGAGGAGAGGAGGCCGAGGGGGGCAGUACCAUCACUGACAGUGAUAUAAUGGACGAAUGACUGAAGGUUUGGCCGACAGUGAAGCGCAUUCACGUGCGUCUGUGAGGAGACGUCAUUUCCUCUCUUUUAAACUAGUGUUUUCUUAAAGGGA